AUGUCUCAAGAUGGCCAGUCUAGCGCACAGCAAUCGAUGUCUCCUGAAGAUAGCCAGUACGUCAUGGACAAAGACAUGUCGAGAACCAAGUCCGAUGAGUGGUCCGAAGUGAAAGACCCAAAUGAGAGGCGGAAAAUUCAGAACAAAUUAGCACAGAGAAGAUUUCGUGACAAGGCCAAAGAGCAAAGAGAAGAGUCGGAUCGAGAAGCGGAAAACCAACGCAGAGCUAGCAGCGCAUAUGCCUCUCCUGAACCUGAAGACAUUGAGAACAGUCACACACUGUCGGGCCUUCCAUGGGGAGGCAUAUCCAUGAGGCAUGUCGUCGAAAAGGGGAAGAACAAAGAGCAGAGCUCUGGACAAAGCUCUCGAGAAAAUUCGGUGCAUGGCAGUGCAACACGCACAACGGGGGGAAGUGGCAGGCUUGGACUUCGCCUCACUGAUCAAUUUGCAAGAGGGCCUCCACCGUUGGGGGUUUUCAGAUACUUUCCUGUACCGCCACCCAACAUCGCAGUGCCGAUGACAGCAUGCACGCCGCAUGGAUGA